UGCAUCCCGCUAUGCCACUCCACACACUCUGGUCAUGCACGUUGGAGGCUAUCUCUAGAGCCUUUGCCUACAGGUGUGUUAAUCUCAGAUUAAAUACUCUGGGAUUUCAGUGGAUUUAUCCGUGAUACUCCCCAAUCCCUCCUCUCUGAGCAUCCAAGAUUGUCUGUAGUAAGAGCUGGUGUCUUAGGGAGGUUUCAGAAGCUUUGGAAUGGGUGUAGAGACAGAGGAGUGCAUGUGUAAUGAAUGCCUAGUUCUCCUUUGAAGCAGUGAAAAGGGAGAGAGGUCAAACUGUGCGGUUUAAUCAGAUUAGGACGGAUUGUGCUGAUGAAUUAAAAUCUUCUAAGUAGUUACUAGGAGCUGAGAGAGCCUGGCAAGAGAGUUGGCAGGAGAGGAAGCUGCCACUACAGAGAGACCGGACACAUUCAAACAGAAACAACCAUGCCAGCCAUCAACAUAGAAGAUCUGAGUGAAAAGGAUAAACUGAAAAUGGAAGUGGAACAGCUCCGGAAAGAAGUGAAGUUGGAAAGGCAACCGGUCUCUAAAUGUUCUGAAGAAAUUAAAAAUUACAUUGAAGAAAGAUCUGGAGAAGACCCUCUGGUGAAAGGCAUCCCCGAAGACAGGAAUCCUUUUAAAGACAAAGGAGGGUGUGUUAUUGCUUAAAAGAACAUGAUUAGGCAAUACUGGAAUAAAGAGUAUCUGAAUUACUAGUCUGUCUUCAGUUCCAAGAGUCCUUAUUGAACAAAUCCAUAUACAUUGAUUUUAUUUUUUUUACAAAAGUGAAAUGUCUGUUUAUAAUUUCAUUCCCUGAGGCAGAUUCUUGCUUAAUUUAUCACUGAAUAUAUUUCUAGAAGUUGUUUCUGACCACUUUCAUUUUCUGUACAUGAUAGUUUGAAUUAAUAUAUUUGUAUAACCAACUACAGUGUCAUUUUGGUUAAGAAAAUUCAAGCUGCAUGGUAAAUGCUUUCCUCUUUUGCAGAAUAUGGAACCUCAACAACACUUUGUCAUUAUGCGUCAUAUUAAAAUAGGUUUUCGUUCCAAAAUGGUAAA